GCCACGACAGGAAUUCCUGACAUAGUAUUUUUAAAACCAUGCUGGACAUGAUUAAAUAGGGACAGACUUUGGGAAAUGAACACAGAGAUAUGUUAAGAGAUUUUCCAAAAUGGAGAAAGUACGCAAAUAAGUGAGUUUGGGAUAUCCAUGACAAACUUUGGAGAUUUUCAGUUCUACCUAAGGCUGACAUUAUUUUUUGUUACCAUGGUAUUGCCUCCUAGCCUUUCAUAAGGAGCAAUGGAAGCCAGCAAUGGAAGUUCCAGAACAGACUUCAUCCUUCUGGGCUUUUCUGAUCGGCCCCAAUUAGAACGCAUCAUCUCUGCAUUUGUCUUCAUCUUCUAUAUUGUAACUCUGGUAGGAAACACAACUAUCAUUCUUGUAUCUUACCUAGACACCCAGCUCCAUACUCCCAUGUAUUUCUUCUUAUCCAAUUUGUCUUUUUUGGACCUCUGUUAUACAACUAGCAUUAUCCCCCAGAUGCUGGUAAAUCUAUGGGGUCCAAAAAAGUCUAUUACAUAUGGAGGAUGUGUGCUCCAAUUCUUCUUUGCCCUUGACUUGGGAGCCACAGAAUGUCUUCUCUUGGCUGUGAUGGCUUAUGAUCGCUAUGCUGCUGUCUGUCAACCUCUUCACUACACAGUAAUAAUGCACUCUCAGCUCUGCCAGAAGAUGGUGCUGACCGCCUGGUUAGGUGGCCUUGGCAGUGCCUUAAUUCUUUGCACCUUGACUUUGAAGUUGCCAAGAUGUGGGCACCAGAAGGUGGAUAAUUUUUUCUGUGAGAUGCCAGCAUUGAUCAAGAUGGCGUGUGUCUAUUCAAAAGUAAUUGAGGUUGUUGUCUUUGCUCUUGGCGUGGUAUUUCUUCUAGUACCUCUAUCGCUAAUUCUGAUUUCAUAUGGAGUUAUCACUCAAGCUGUCAUGAAGAUCAAGUCAGAAGCAAGGUGGCAAAAGAUCUUCAAUACAUGUGGUUCCCACCUCACAGUAGUAACCCUGUUUUAUGGAACAAUCAUCUAUAUGUACAUGAAGCCACAUUCUAGCACCUCCCAAGAUGAGGGGAAGUUCUUUACUCUCUUUUACACAAUUGUCACACCCAGCCUUAACCCUCUGAUAUACACUUUAAGAAACAAAGAUGUAAAGAGUGCAAUAAAGAAAAUACUAUGGAUACAAAAAUGGGCAGCAAAAUCAUGAAUUAGAGGGAAAAAAUCAGAAUGUAGAGAACAAAAAAAAUAAUAUUGACCUUUACCAACAGAAGAUGAAUCAAUUAAUUUAUCCAAAGAGCACUUCUUGUCUGUUUACCAUGUACCAAGAAUUGUACUAAAAACUGACUUUGUAAAUAAAUGGGAAGUAGAAAUGAUAAGGAGAUAGACAGAGAUACAAAUACAUAAAUGAAAUGUAAUUCAUGCUUAUGCAUUUUAAAAGCUUCAAGACUAAUCAGGGGCUACAGAUAAAUAAAUACAUAAUUAUGAAAUGUGGGGAGUUCCCGUCAUGGCGCAGUGG